CCACCUCAUUCCACCGCCGCGGAGGCUCUCUCGUCGGUCGAUCCGUCUCCCGCGGGGCUCUCCGGCGCACCCUCUCGUGCCUCGGGGAUCCCCCCAAUCGAUCCUCCGCCGCCGCCGAGCUGGUCCGGUUCCCGCGCGUGCCUGAGUAAUAGGUGUACGACGAGCGAGCUCCGGCCGGCGAGCUGAGCUGAGCUGCUGAGAGAAUUGGGCGAGAUGGACACCGGGAUGAGGGUGGCGCUGCACCGGCAGGUGUCGUCGGGGUCGCUGAAGGAGAGCGGGGAGCUCCGGCGGCAGACGUCGCUGGAGUCCCCCCGGACGGGGCGGGCCGCGACGCGGUUCCUGUUCGGGCGGCAGUCGUCGAUGGACCCGAACCGGCGGCGCGGCCGGAGCCAGAGCCCCGUCGGGCUGGGCGAGGAGCUCACCGUGCCGGACAACCUCGACGCCACCAUGCAGCUGCUCUUCCUGGCGUGCCACGGCGACGCCGCCGGCGUCGAGGCGCUGCUCCGGGGAGGCGUCGACGUCAACAGCAUCAACCUCGACGGCCGCACCGCGCUGCACAUCGCCUCCUGCGAGGGCCACCCCGACGUCGUCCGCGUGCUGCUCGGCUGGAAAGCCAACAUCGACGCGCGCGACCGGUGGGGCAGCACGGCUGUAGCUGAUGCCAAGUGUUAUGGUCACACGGAGGUCUACAAUCUUCUCAAAGCUCGUGGUGCAAAGAUCCCGAGAAACAGGAGGACGCCGAUGAUGGUGUCAAAUCCCGGGGAUAUACCGGAGUACGAAUUGAACCCCAGUGAACUCCAAUUCAAGAAAGGGGACGAGGUGGUCAAGGGUGUGUACCAAGUUGCCAAAUGGAAUGGAACCAAGGUUCAUGUUAAGAUACUCGAUAGAGAAUGCUACUGUGAUCAGGAAGCCAUAAACUCUUUCAGGAAUGAGCUGACUGUAUUGGAGAAGGUCCGGCACCCCAAUGUUGUUCAGUUCGUCGGAGCCGUCACUCAGAAUAUACCUAUGAUGAUUAUUUCUGAAUAUCUGCCAAAUGGUGAUUUAUCAAGCUGUAUUCCGAGGAAAGGAAAACUACAUGGUCAGAAGGUGCUAAAAUAUGGUCUUGAGAUUGCAAGGGGUAUGACUUAUCUCCACCAGUGCAAACCAGACCCCAUCAUCCAUUGCGACCUAAAGCCAAAAAAUAUCUUCCUGGAUAGUGGAGGCCAACUGAAAAUCGCAGGAUUUGGUCUAACGAGAUUGUCGAAAAUCUCUCCUGGAAAAGUAAAACUGAUCGAUCAUGAGUCCAUGCUUGACAGCUUCAGUCACUACACUGCACCUGAGCUGUACAGAAAUGAAAUAUUCGAUGCAAGCGUCGAUGCCUUCUCAUUCGGUUUCAUCCUCUACGAGAUGGUUGAAGGAACGCACACUGUUCAUGGGAAGUCAUCAGAGGAGUCAGGCAGCACAAUUCGAUACGACGGGAUGCGCCCAUCGCUGAAGAACAAGCUCAAGGGAUAUCCUCCAGACUUCAAAGCGCUGAUCGAAGAAUGCUGGGAAACUCAGGGCAUAGCAAGGCCAACAUUUUCAGAGAUAAUCAUCCGGCUCGACAAGAUAUACGCUCACUGCAUGAAGCAAGGAAACUGGAAGGACUCGCUAAAGAUUUGGAAAUGAUACGUACGGGCUUGCUGCAUACACGCCUUCUUGUGUACAUACCACUGCAACAAAUAUGUCUCUCUUUCUGAAGAAGCCUGAGUACUCACUUGUCUGGAGAUGACACGAGAUACUGAGAGAGACAGAGAGAGAUGAGUACGUGUUGUAAAAGAUCACGAGUUAAAAUGGACGGAACAAAGCUUGAUUAAUUAUUACCUUGUUUGUUUUCUCCUACAUAUGUCAGAGGCUGCAACAGGGACAUCCAUUCUAAUAUCUCGAGAGGAUAUUGCUCGUUCG